GGCGUCGAAGGUGAAGGGUCAGAAGGCGGGUACCGCUGCCAUGGCGACUGUGUUGGAGGCUUUCUGCCUCAUCCUGGUGGCAGUGUUGUGGGGCGCGACCAACCCUUUCCUCAAGAAGGGCACUGAGGGCAUAGAGAAGGUGAAGUGUGGGAAUGCUGUCGCCCAGCUGUUUGCAGAGAUGAAAUUUUUAAUUUUUAAUUACAAGUAUAUGAUACCUUUUCUUCUAAACCAAAGCGGGUCAGUUCUUUACUACUUCACCCUGGCUUCUACAGAUUUGUCCUUGGCUGUGCUCAUGUCAAAUGCCCUUACAUUUUUGUUCACAUUGAUAACUGGAAAGUUACUGGGGGAAGAUAUUGGUGGUAAACAGGAGAUUGCAGGAAUGCUGCUGACUCUCAUGGGAAUUACUUUGUGCAUAGCAAGCAAUGUCAGGGCGGAAUCUUGACACAAAGGUGGCCAAACCUAUCAAAACCACCAACAGAAGCUCUUCAUUCUUUUGCUGAAUGUGAUCAGCCAUUAAAAUGAUGAAGAAACUGUAAACAACACAUCUUCCCGGGGUGUAGCAGAAUCCAGGGUCAAUUAACUUGCACAGUAUAAAACUUCACUGCAGUUGGUGUAUCCACAACUUUAUUAGAGAUAUGUAUCACCCUAAACAUUCCAGUUAUCUUCAAUUUGGUGUUGGAUUAGAGGCAAGUAAUUUUCAAUGCUUGGCUGCUACUGUUUGACAACUUGAAGUUUUCAGACUAGAAUCUGUAUUGACAGAUAUACAAUGAAUAGUAGUUACUCCCAACAGGUGCACAAAGUCAAAAUAACCAUGGAAGGAAGUGAAAAGCUAUGUAAAACUGGACAGCAAAAUCAAGUUUAUUGUUAAGUUCACCAGUGUUUGUAUGCACAGGUGUAAUGAAAAACUUACUUACAGCAGCAUCACAGGCACAUAGCAUUCAAGAAAAAAAUAUUCAACACAAUUUAUGCACGUUUUUUACAAGAAAGACCACAAUUAGAACAAAAGAAAACAAAAUCCAUUUUAGUCAAAUGGGGGACCGCUUCGUAGAGCACCUUCACACCAUCCAACACAAGCGGAACUUCCCAGUGUCCAAGCAUUGUAGUUCAGAUUCCAAUUCCCAUUCCAAUGUGUUGAUCCAUGGUCUCCUCUUGUGCUAAGAUGAGGCCACCCUCAGGGUGGAGCAGUGGAGGAGCAAUACCUCAUACUCCAUUUGCGUACCCUCCAACUUGAUGGCAUGAAUACCGAUUUCUUCUUCCAGUGAACAAAUUUCCCUUACCUCUCUGACCUUUCACUUCUCACUUGGGUCUCCUCCUCCUUUCCUUUCUCUCCUCUCCUAUCAGAUUCUUUCUUCUCCAGCCCUUUGCCUUUCUCACGCACAAGACUUCACCUACCAGGUAUCUUCCUUCCCCUCCCUCCUCCUUUUAAUUCAAACGCCUGCCACUUUUCCCUCCCAGUCUUGAAGAAGCGUCGACUGUUCACUCUUUUCCAUGGAUGCUGUCUGACCUGCUGAGUUACUCAAGCAUUUUGUUUUGGAUUUCCAGCAACUGCAAACUUGUGUUUAUAAAAGAGUAAAAUCCAUAUUAGUUCAAAGCUGUCACAGCGUUGCUUAAUAAACGUGGUGAUUAAAGUUUUGGCAGUUGGUUCAAGAACUGAGUGGUUGAAGGGAAGUAGCUGUUCUUGAACCUGGUGGUGUGGGACUUCAGGCUUCUGUACUUCCUGGCUGAUGGGAACAGCAAUUCGAUGGCACAGUGAUAGAUAGAUCAAUACUUUAUUGAUCCCAAAGGAAAUUACAGUGUUACAAUAACAUUACAAGUGUACAGGUGUACACAUAUUGGAAGGGAAGUAAGAAAGAAUAAAAAAUAAAUUACCUCAAACAGUCAAACAGGAGGGAGUCAUCACUUCCCUGGCUAUAGGUUGACUCAUUAUAAAGUCUAAUGGCCGAGGGUAAGAAUGACCUCAUACAGCACCCUUUGGAGCAGUGCAGUUGUCUUAGUCUGUUACUGAAAGUGCUCCUCUGUUCAGCCAAGGUGGCAUGCAGAGGGUGAGAGACAAUGCCCAGAAUUGCCAAGAUUUUCUGUAAGGUCCUUUGUCCUACCACAGCUUCAAGUGUGUCUAGUUUGACUCCUACUAUAGAUCUAGCCUUUCUCAUCAGUUUUAUUGAGCCUGUUGGCAUCACCUAUGUCAAAGCCAUUACCCAGCACACCACCGCAUAGAUGAUUGUACUGACAACAGACUGGUAGAACAUGUGAAGGAGAGGCCCACAUUCUGCAAAGGAUCUCGGGCUCCUCAGGAAGUAGAGGUGACUCUGGCCCUUCUUGUACACAGCCUCUUUGUUGGUGUUCCACUCAAGUCUGUCAUCCAGGUGCACCCCCAGGUACUUGUAGGUCCUCACCACAUCCACAUCCUCACCAUUAAUCGUAACAGGGAAUAGUGCAAGCUUAGUCUUCCAAAAGUUCAUCACCAUUUCCUUUGUCUUACUGAUGUUGAGCUGCAGAUGUUUCCGCUUGCACCAUUUGACAAAGUCCUCCACCAGGGCCCUGUAUUCAUCCUCCCAUCUUCUUUUAGACGUUCAACUGUUGCUGAGUAAUCAAAGAAUUUCUGAAGAUGACAUGACUCAGUGUUGUAUUAAAGUCCGAGGUAUACAGAGUAAACAGGAAGGGGGCCAAUACAGUCCCUUGUGGGGCCCCAAUGCUGCUUAUAGCCAUGUCUGACACAGCUCUUAAGCCACACAAGCUGUGUCCAUUAUCCAAGAUACAAUGGAAGUGCCAACCUGCAUUGAAUGGAGCUUUUCCCCCAGUAAUAAGGGCUGUGUGGUUUUGAAGGCGCUUGAGCAAUCAAAAACCAUGAUCCUCACAGUGCUGCCCAUCUUAUCCAAAUGGGAAUAGUCUCUAUUCAGCAUGUAGAUAAAAGCAUCGUGGACUCCAAUAUGCUCCUGGUAGGCAAACUGCAGGGGAUCACGGGCUAUCUGACCAGGGGUUGGAGGUGAGCCAGGACCAGCCUCGCUAGGGUCUUUAUGAUGUGUGAGGUCAGGGCCACUGGACAGUAGAAUUUCAAGACUUUCGAUUGGUCCUUCUUGGGUACUGGGACCAUACCUGAUGUUUUCCACACAGUUGGGACCCUUUCCACACAGACUCAGAUUGAAUAGCACUGGGGAAUUCCAUACAGCUGAUCAGCACACGCCUUCAGGACCCUGCGGUUCAUACCGUCCAGUCCCAAUGUUUUGCUGAUAGAUUUUGCCCUCUUUGAGAUGGUGUCUCAUGUUGAUGAAUGAACCAUUCUGACUGUGAGUGGGGAGGGAUGUGCCUGGGUUGUAUUAGACAGAGCCCAUUCCCUGCUGCAGCUUCUUGUGUUCCUAUGCUUUCAAGUUGCUGUACAGAAACAUGAUGCAACCAGUCAGGAUACUUUCAACAGUAACACACACAUAAUGCCUGAGGAACUCAGCAUUUAUGGAAAAGAAUAAACAGUCAACAUUUUGGGCUGAGACCCUUCAUCAGGACUGGGGAAAAAAGACGAGGUUUCCAGCAUCUGCAAGUUUUCUCAUCUUUGUACUUUCAACAGGACAUCUGUAGAAGGUUAUUAGUGUUUGGUAACAAGCCAAACCUCUAGCAAAGUAAAGACACCUUCCAUGUGUUUGGAUCGGUCCAGCACAAGUCAUUCAAUAUGUAAACGCCCAGGAAUUUAAAGCUGCUGACUCUCUCUCUCUUGCCCAUCCCCCAAUGCAGAACAGAACAUGUUAAACCCUCCUUCCCCUUCUGAAGUCAGUGAUCAGCUUCGAGCAUCAGGAAAUAGAAGUAGCUGACUGGAAAGGUGUUGCUGCCAUGAGUAUAAAGUUAUCAGACAAUAUCCGAUGUCUGUGCACUGAUUGGCAAAACCUGAGAAUAAUAUCUGACCAGUCCCUGGUAUGGUGUUCCUGUUCCUGCCACUAGAUGGUAUGAAUGUCUUUGAAAAGCCUUACAAUAACACUAUAUCUAUGGGCACAAUACCCUCAUGAUUUUUGUGAGAUUUCUAAAAUUUCACCAAAUAGUAUUUUAUUUAUGAUUACUGCAAGGAGUUUCCUUCUGAGAGUCCUGAGAUAUGAGAAAUAAUUCUUUGCCGUAUUAAUGUGAGGAAUUUAAGGGUCUGAAGGACAGAUUUGAUGAGGUGCAAAUAAUGAACUAGAGAAAUGAGCCUCUGGGUAUCAUGUGUUGAGUAAAAUUUAGUAUCUGGCCCGAUUAGUGCUGGACAAGACAGGUUUGUGUAGCAUUGGGAUUUUAUAUUAAAGAUAAUUUUAAAAAACGUC